CAGGGACGGGACACAGGCAGCCGAGGGCUUCCCCAGGCAAAGAGACUCAGCAGUGUAUUCUGUGCACCACCCAAUGGAGACGCACAUGGACAUGGAAUCUUAAGCUUCCCGUCGGUCAUCAUUGACUAAAUUUUGUGCUACCCAAAGGGCACCAUGGAAAAGCUAAGGAUAGGUCUCUUGCUGGGUUGCAGUCUACGAUAGCGUUGAGGAUAAGUAAAUGGGACGUUACCCUGACUUGAAUAUGAAUCAGGUAAUCUUCUGGUCACCAAAAGAGGUGGCCAACUGGCUCUCGGAGAGGGGACUACAGGAAUACUCUGAUACCUUAAAAUCUCUAUCUGGCCAGGGCUUGCUCAUGCUUAAAGUAGAUGACUUCAAGAAGCCUCCCUUGUCACUUGUGUCUUCGGACAAUGGCCGGCAUUUGCUGGAGAUGAUAGAAACUUUAAAAAUAGAGCACCAUAUAGAGGAGCACAAGAACGGCCAUGCCAACGGUCACCUCGGCAACCACAAAGCUCACCCAGUCGGCGAUUAUGGCUUUGCCAAAAAGAAUGGAAUUCCCAAUGGGUUUUGCAAAGAAAUGAUCCAAAUUCCCUUGCCUGAACCAGAGCGUAGCCAGCCUUUUCCUGAUGAAUGGGGCAAAACCUUCAUCGCCUUCCUCUAUGCACUUUGCUGUUUCAUUUUUACCACGGUGAUGAUCUCAGUCGUCCACGAACGAGUGCCUUCCAAAACAGAGGAAGCUCCGCUGCCAGAUGUAUUUUUCGAUUAUUUUGACAGGGUGCAGUGGGCUUUUUCCAUAUGUGAAAUUAAUGGGAUGAUUCUUGUGGGCUUCUGGUUGUGCCAGUGGAUAUUGCUAAAACACAAAUCUAUCAUUAGUCGAAGAUUUUUUUGUAUAGUGGGAACUCUGUAUCUUUAUCGCUGUAUAACGAUGUACAUAACGACGCUACCUGUUCCUGGCAUGCAUUUCAGAUGCUCUCCUAAGCUGUUUGGCAACUGGGAGGCACAGACCCGGAGGGUACUGAAGAUGUUAGCGGGUGGGGGCCUGUCCAUCACAGGAUCGCACACGUUGUGUGGGGACUAUUUAUACAGUGGGCACACCGUCAUGUUAACACUUACCUACAUGUUCAUCAAAGAGUAUUCGUCGCCGCGUUUGUGGCUUUACCACUGGCUGUGCUGGUUCCUCAGCUGCGUGGGCAUCUUCUGCAUUCUGCUGGCUCAUGAUCACUACACUGUGGACGUAGUCGUGGCCUAUUACAUCACAUCCAGGAGCUUCUGGUGGUAUCACACCAUGGCCAACCAACAAGUGCUUAAAGAGAAGAGCUCCUCAAACCUCCUUUCCCGGGUUUGGUGGUACAAGCCGUUCCAGUACUUUGAGAGAAACAUUGAAGGGAUAGUCCCUCACUCCCUGCAGUGGCCCAUAACCUCGUAUCUACAGCGGCUCUGCAUGAAGCGGCACAAGUACAACCUACUGGUGAAUCAGUUAUAGAGGCCAAAGGAGGCCUGUGAGACAAUGGCAGACUCUUAGCAGCCUCCUUACUCCUCGCCGUUACCUGAUCAGCACUGUGAUAUUUCUCCUCUCCAAAGUGAAACCAAGAAUUUAAUUUAUCAUGCACUGUUUCCCCUUCCCUGCAGGAGCCGCAAUGACUUGCCCAUAGCCGAGUGGUGCAGGAAGGGGCCUUGUUAUUCUAAUUAUUAUUAUAUUAUUAAAAUAGUUAUUUGCUUUUAUUCCCCUGUUUUACAGCCGCGCCUGGGAAUAAAACAUACUUUCAUAUCACACCCCCCAAAUACUGGGCCCUAAGCAACGUCCCUAUGAAGAAUUAGACGUCACUAACAUGAGUGAAGCCAGAGGUGUAUUUGGAGGGGGUGCAGGCAGGGGAGACCACCCUAAGACCCCAGGGACUGUGAAUCAUUCCAUUGCACCCUAUGCUCUUAUCUCUAUUCAGGACGGGGCUGCAACAGUAACACUUUGGGUUAUAUGUAGGGAUGCACCUUAUCCAGGAUUCAGUUCAGGAUUCGGCCUUUUUCAGCAGGAUUCGGCCAAAUCCUAAUUUGCAUAUGCAAAUUAGGGACGGGGAGGGAAAUUGUGUGACUUUUUGUCAUAAAACAAAGAAGUAAAAAAUGUUUUCCCCUUCCCACCCCUAAUUUGCGUAAGCAAAUUCAGUAUUCAGCCGAAUCUUUCGCGAAGGAUUUGGGGGUUCAGCCGAAUCCAAAAUGGUGGAUUCGGUGCAUCCCUAAUUAUAUUUAUCAAAGAGUGAAGUUAGAGAUCGCCACAGUCCUCUAGAGUGAAAUUCACCCAUUGAUAAAUACUCUUGUAAAAAUCCCAUAUAGGGUCCUGCGCGGAACCAAUUUCUAAGACCCGAACCCGUAGCCCACAUAUUUACCCACUUUGAUCCGCUACCCCGAACCGGACCCACAACUGCCUCAUCCGCAAUGCACCGACCACCAUUAAACAGGAAGUGAUGGUGCUGCAAGGAAGUGACGUCAUCAAAAGUGGGCGCGGACAGAAACACGUUUUGUAAAACUUAAAAAAGAAUGAAAUAUAGACAAUAUUACAUAUAAGAAAUUUAGAUGAGACCCACAACCCGACCCGCAUCUGAAAAUCCUCCCCCUCAUUGUGCAGGGUGCCCGCUUUUGCAGGUAACCCUCGGGUACCCGACCCGCUGCAGGGCUCUAAUCCCAUAGAAAUGAAUGGAGAAUGGCGGAAUUUCACUCUAGAGGAAUGUAGCGAUCUGUAACUUCACUCUUUGAUAAAUAUACCCCUAUAUAUCCCUUUAAUGUGCCAGUACAGCUCCCAGCAUGCACCGUCGCUGAAGGGUCACAUGGUGUGCCGGAACUUGUACUUAGAGAACCCCAUGUUGCAUUUUGAAUAUUAAGGUCCCGCACCAGGUAUUUUUGCCCCCCAAAGUCUCAUCAGUGACGAUGAUAAACCUGGUUGAAGUUUAUUUUUCAAUCACAUUUUGUGAACUGCCAAAAUUUCCCCAAAUAGUCACCUAUUUAUUCCUCCCGGAGCUCAGUCUCCCUUUCCCCUGUCGCGACUUUUUUGGUAAAAAGUGUUUUUUUUGUAAAAUCUUUCACAAAGCCCCAGAGCUCUCUGUUGUACAGUGAUUUUUCUAAGGAUUUCCUACCUUUAUUUUUCAGACAAAAAUGAUGUGUAUAAACGAUGACCUUUAAAAAUUUCUACGUCAGAGAUAAAAAAAAACAAAUGGAGGAUAUUUGUAACUGUUUCUAGUGCCUUUCUCGUCUCGAUUGUAUGGUCAGUAGUCCGUCUUACAGAUUUCGCUUUUAAAGUAUUCUAUUAUACAGUUGAAGAGAUAUAUAUAUGUAAAGAGAGAUCUUAUUGCGUCUAUUUGUGAACCCCAUAUGAACCUGAAACCCCUAUGUUUAUAAACAAAGGAUUUUUUUUCUGUUUUUUUUUAAUUCUUACUUUUUUUUUAAUUCUUACUUUUUUUUUAAUUCUUACUUUUUUUUUAUCAAUAAACUAGAGCCUUUUUUGACCA